AUGGAAGAUAAAAAGAAAGACCAAAUUUUAGAAGGAUAUUAUUAUGAAGCGAAAAAUCCCGCCGCUUAUGCAGGUGCUCAAAAGCUGUUUAGUGUUCUACAAAAAAAGUACCCCGGAACAUUCACGAUCAGCUACGUAAAACAGUGGCUUAACGAUCAAGAUGCAUUUUCGUUGCAGAAGCCAAGACGUCACAAGUUUAAAACGGCAAAUGUACGAGUUACGGCCAUUGGAGAACAAUUGGACAUCGAUUUCUCUUUAGAGAAAAUGUACGCAUUUAUUGCAUUUCUGUUGUGUUUGUCAAGCAUAUCAGCAUGGAAGGAGGAGGUUCGAGACUGUCAUGAUGGUUUUUGCAAGAUUGUCUUUAAUGAGCAAGGCAUGUACUUCUUCGCAAGUGAGGCGAAUGAUGUUCAAAAAGUUCAUAUUACACCGAGAUUCCCAAAUUCGACAUUGGAUAUGCGAAACACAGCAAAUCUACUAUAUGUACAGAUUGAUAAUAUAGAUCUACCCGAAGAAAGAAUGUGUGAUGUGCUCAUAUGCUAUACACCAUUGAGGGAAGUAAUUGUAGAAUCUUCGCAUAAAACGAAACUCUGUUGUCUUGGCAACACCUCCAAAAGGACUGUGAACGUAACACCCACACCCACACCUGCAGAUAGCACAACCAACCCGACCGUGAAAAGCGCUAUUCUGACUACUGCUGAGGCUUCUGUUAGGCGACAGACUGUGAGCGUAACACCCACACCCACACCUGCAGACAGCACAACCAACCCGACCGUGAAAAGCACUAUUCUGACUACUGUUUACGCCCUAUCAUUCAGCACAGGAUUCUGUAUCAUUGUGAUUGUGAUACUUUUCAUUAUGCACAAAAAAAGAAUCAUACGGUUGAAACGACUUGAAAUCAGACUAGAUCGUAUUACAGCAGAAAUUACGUCAUCUACUGUUACAUCUACAGCACCCCUUGUGAGGAGUCUAUCGGAUCCAGCCAUGAGCAGCACUAGACUGUCAGAGAUUUCUAUGAUAGACACUAGUACUAACACAAGUGCAGUAGCACCAGUUCACAGAUACCCAACUAGACUACAGUCUAGAUUGCUUCAUUAG